UAUAUGUUUCUCUCACUGCUCACUCAUUGUUUUCUCGUUUAAAGUAAUGAAAUGGUAACCUACAUAAUCUAAGUUCAUGAUUUAAUAUUAACUAUGGAAGUAGACACAAAUGAAGAAAAUGAUGGUACCAUUAUUAGUAUUCAUAUGCGUAACUGGUUUUGUCUCGAAAAUUUGAAAAUAAAGUUUAACAGAAACGUAAAUUUUAUCGUUGGUCGUAACGGAUGUGGAAAAAGUGCUAUUCUAUCGGCAUUAGUGAUUGGCUUGGGCAGCAGAGCUGAUAUAACUUACAGAGGAAAUAAUGUGCAAUCUUUAAUCAGGCGUGGAGCAAAUUCAGCAACCAUUGAGAUUCAACUAAGAAACAGUAGUUCUAGAGCAUACAAACGUCACAUUUAUGGCGAUCACAUUACAAUAAUCAGAGAAAUCAAUGCAAGUGGUUCGCAUUAUAAAAUUAAAGCUGCGUCAGGUGAAAUAAUAUCAACUAGGUUAAAAGAAGUUGAAGCAAUAAAACAUGCUCUUGGAAUACAAGUUGAUAAUCCCAUUUCGGUGCUUAAUCAAGAUGAUGCUAGGAGUUUCCUUGGUAAAGGACCUGAGAAGAUGUAUGCCCUGUUCCGGAAAGCCACAAAUUUGGACCAGGCAGAAGAUAAAUAUAAAGAAACAUUGAAAACAUGUGAUGAGGCAAUUGAACAUUUAAAAAUGAAAGAGCAAGCUUCGAAAGAGUUGGAAAAAGAAUAUCAUAGUCUAAGGGCGAGCUAUGAUCAGAUGAGGUCAUACGAAGAAUUUGAGCAGCAAAUUCAGCAAUUACAAAAUGAAUACUACUGGAGAGAAGUGGUUGAGGUUGAGACAGAAGCACAUGAUGCCGAGACACAGUACAAUACUGUUUGUAAGAAGAUCACUGAGCUCACACAGAAGGGUCAAGACAUUGAACAAAUACAUAGAACAGGAUUGAGUGCUCUUGAAGUCUUAAAGAGAGAGCGAGAUGAAAAAUCGUUACAAAAGAAUGCUUUACAACAAGAUGUGUCGACGUACGAAUCUCAAGCCCGAGAAGCACAGAGUUCGUUGAGAACGGUGCAACAAACCGUUCAGAAAUACCAGGACAGGUUCGACAGAGAACAGAAGAAAGUCUUAGAUUUGGAGAGGGAGAUAGGGAAUAUACAAUCAGGUGCGCAGCGGAACGAGCGCGCACGGCUGACGUCACGCGCGGCGGCGGCCCGCAGCGCGGCGGAGGCGGCGCGCGCCCGCGAGCGCACGGCGCAGCACGACGCGGCGCAGGCGCGCGGACACGCCGCACACACACGCGCGCGCGCUGACGACGCGGCUGCCGCGCUGCGGGCGCAUCGCCACUCGCUUAGAUCGCNCGCGCGCGCUGACGACGCGGCCGCCGCGCUGCGGGCGCAUCGCCACUCGCUCAAUCGAUUAACCCAACAACUGCGCGACCUGGAGUCCUGCUCCAGCGACUCGCUGGCCGUGUACGGCAACAGCAUGGUGACGCUCCGGAAGGAGGUAGAGGAAGCUGUGAAAAGAGGAGAAUUUAGUGCUCCUCCCAAGGGACCUAUAGGUGAUUAUAUAAAAGUAACCGAAAAACAGUGGGUCGGGACCCUGGAGCACAUCCUCGGCGGCUCCAUCACCACGUUCUGCGUCAACAGCGCUAGUGACUCCAGGAAACUUAUCGACAUCAUGAACAAGGUGUACGGGCCCGCGCGCAAGCCGGCCGUCUCGUGCAGCGCGUUCCUGCGGCGGCGCCACGACGUGCGGGCGCGCGAGGUGCGCGGGGCGGGGGGCGGCGCGGCGGGGGGCGGCGCCCUGCGCUCGGCGCUGGGCUGGCUGCAGGUCGACGACCCUGAGGUCUACAACCACCUCGUGGACGCGCUGCGCCUGGAGACCGUGUUGCUUGUACCCGAUCACCAGACAGCGGUGGAGCUGUGCUCGGAGGAGCACCGCGUGCCGCGCCACCUCAGCAAGGCCGUGAGCCGCGACUGCGCGGAGUACUACCCCGCCCCGCGCUACCGCUCCUACGGCGUGCGCGCCCGCCCCCCGCGCUACCUGCAGCACUCCUCGCGCGACCGCACCAGGCAGCUAAAGUCGGAGAUACAAGAAGCGCAAGUGAAGCUGCGAGAGCUGGAGGGCGGCGCCCGCGCGUGCGAGCAGGAGGCGGAGCGCGCCCGCCAGUACGAGCGCGCGCUCGCCGACACGCUGCACGCGCUCGCGCUCGACAAGAUCGACAAAGAGGAGAAGGAGAAGAUCGCCGUAGCUGAAAUCGAGCAGUACCAGGAGCCGCGGCAAACUGUGCUGGAGGACGAAUUGAAAUUGUCCAAAGAAAAAGCCCAAAGCGUACAAGAACAGUUGAACGCGCAGUUAGCGGAAGAGCAGCGUUGGAGAGGCCAGCACCAGCAGCUCGACAACAAAGUGAGGGAGCUCCGGAACCGACUGUCGGACCUCACGUCCGCCUGCAGGGACCUCACGGAAGAAAUAGAUCGGGAGCAAAUCAAACUAGAGAAUAUCGCAUCUCAAAUAACGGAAUGUGAAGUUCGCGUGCAAAAAUACCGCAAGGAGUUGUCUCGAACCAAAGCAGCCUUGGAAGAGAAAAAGGAAGUCGUCAGAACAAAAAUUGAAGAAACGUCGAAGCUUUGUCCUCGUGUUCGCAACCCCAGACAAAAAGCAUUGAUAACGGACGAAUUGAAAAAUACAAAAGAUAAGAUGAACGCGAUGCGAUGCAACGGCAUNCGUGUUCGCAACCCCAGACAAAAAGCAUUGAUAACGGACGAAUUGAAAAAUACAAAAGAUAAGAUGAACGCGAUGCGAUGCAACGGCAUGACGAAGGUGCAGGUGGCCGAGAAACUGAUCGUCGUUAAGAAGAAAUAUCAUGAGAUUAGCGCGGAACUGCAGCAGCUCGGAGCCGUCAUUGAAUCCAUCAAGGAGACCGCCAAGCAACAUCUGCAGUUUAGCCACUUCGCGCAGACCUACAUCAUCAGGCAACUGUACUACAUAUUCCAGUCCAUCCUGACGCUGAGAGGAUACUGCGGGAACAUCGAGGUGGACGCGGCGGCGGGGCGGCUGCGCCUGCAGUGCAGUGCGGGCGCGGCGCCGCACAGCGCGGGGCUGUCCGGCGGCGAGCAGUCCUACUCCACCGUGGCCUUCCUGCUCGCGCUCUGGGACUGCGCCGAGAUGCCCUUCUACUUCAUGGACGAGUUCGAUGUCUUCAUGGACGACGUGAAUCGUAAAAUUAUAAUGCAGUUAUUGAUCAACCAUGCACUUAAAAAUUCUGGACGACAAUUCGUCUUUCUCACGCCAAAGGACAUCUCCUGCGUAUCAGCCGGGCCACAGAUCGACAUCCACUUGCUGCCCAAUCCCCGGUCCUAGUUAUCAUGAAUAAAAAUAAGAAAGUUGAAAUAUUUGUCUAUAGUCAUUUGUGUUCAAAAAUUGUGUUGUAACUUCUAUCAUUAUUCUUAUUAUCUAACGUACGUA